CUGAUUCUAUAUGUCCCCAAUUUAUGUAGGAUAUUUGAUUCUGCAAACAAUGAUUUUGGGGACCCGAAAACUGCUGGCUCGGAGUUAAAAAACAAGCCUGAUGGCUGGGAAACAACAUCAAAAGCUCAAGAUGGCAAUGUUUGGGAUAUGUCACAAAGAGGAGAUAUUUUUGUUCAAGAAUUUGAACGCCGUAUUGCAUUCAAUAAAUUCAAGAUCGCGAACUUCAUAAAAACGCACAUAUUUAGCUGGAGGAGGCCCAUUGAUGGAUGGAAGUACAUGAUAGAGGAAAUAGGACCAAAUGCGAGGAAGGGGAAAGGAAGUGUUUCGAGGCUGCCCAGUGUGUUGGAGGAAUCCACUCAACCUUUCAGAGAGGAAAAGCCUUCCACUUUUACCGACACUUAUUCUUCUUCUAAAGGCCGAUCAAAUAUAAACUUUUAG